GGCGAUAAUCGCAGCGACCGUAGACGUUCCCUCUCUGUCACCCGGCACGCCGGCGCGGUGACGUACAGCAGCAGGGCGGGGAUGGUGCAUAGUCAUGACUUCUCUCUGCGCUUUCCCCUCCCCGAGGAGGUGCGGACCUGACGUAGCUGACUCAGAAAAUGUCGGGCCUGCAGCUCAACUUCAGUCCCUUAAAGGAGCCUCUGGGUUUCAUCAAGGUGCUGGAGUGGUUCUUUUCCAUCUUCUCAUUUGCUACAUGUGGUGGAUACAGUGGACAGACCAGUUUAAAUGUGUCCUGCUUACCUAAUAUGACAGACAACAAAAGUAUUGAAGCCAGCUUUGCAUAUCCUUUUAGGUUAAAUAAUGUCAAAUUCAAAGGAAUCGAUAACUACUGUGGAAUAAAAGAAUGGCACCUCAUUGGCGACUAUUCUUCAUCGGCUGAAUUUUAUGUUACGAUUGCAGUUUUUGCCUUUCUUUACUGUAUCGGUGCACUUGUUUUCUAUCUUGGAUUCAGGCAUGUUUAUGAGGAAUCUAGGAAAUGGGCUUUAAUUGACUUUGUCAUAACGCUCAUUUUCACCUUUUUGUGGCUUGUGAGUUCAUCUGCAUGGGCUAAAGGAUUGACUGAUAUUAAAUCUGUGACCAGCCCAAGCAUUAUAGCAGCAGUCACGUGCCCAAAAGAAUUACACUGUUCUCCAGGUCCAGAAUUACACAUGGGACGUCUAAACACUUCUGUGGCUUUUGGGUUCUUGAAUUUGGUUUUGUGGGCAGGAAAUGCUUGGUUUGUUUAUAAGGAAACAAACCUCCAUACACAGCCGCCCUCAUCCGAUCCGGAACAAGGCCCACCGCCUUCCUCCAAGUAAUCGAGAUUCAGACGUCCAUCUAUCACUGCCUAUUUUGUCUCUUACGUGCAGGUAGCCAAGAAGACGUUGAUAUAGAGAUGGGUAGAAGUAGGAAUUUUCUACAGGCUUGUGAUACUUUUGUUUUUCUUGUUAUAUAAUGUGAUUAUACCGUACAGUACAUGUCUUCAUGGUAAACCAGCAGGUUGUCAAAAUACCUAUCCCUCACUAUCAGUACCUAAAAUGUAACUUAUGAGACCUCAGAUUCAGAUAAUGAUCCAGGUAACUGUUCUUUCAAAAGAAUGGAAAUUCAAAUACUUACAACAUCGUGUGCAAAAUGUGGGGAGUGUAGCAAAUACGGUCAUGUGUAAGGCUGAAUUCACCAUGAAUCCCAUCACCGCAUCUGACGCAUCUGAUUUACUAAAUACUCGCAAUGUUCAAGAUGUGACACUUAUGGAGCAGAUAUUCAUGUGAACUGUGGCAUGCUUUUUUGUCAUUCCUCUUCACAACUGGGCAUUGCUACAAGUUAAUUAUAAAUUGCCAGGAGGAAUAACAGAAGAAAAGCACAGUUCUAAAAUGGCUAACUGGUCAACUGUAGUGUAAUCUGCCUAACAUGUUAUAAACCUCAGUUCAUGUAUAUGUAUGUAUGUGUAUAUACACAUACAUUUUUUUUUUUCAAUCAGAAAGUCUUUUUAAAUGCAUAAGUAUAGGUUACAUCCAGCAUUUUAUGCACACGUAUAGGUUACAUCCAGUAAUGACAGUGAGGGGUAAUUCUAUUAGUGUGCGUUUUGCAGGAAUUUUCUGUUACUCUCCUGCCAUCAUCUUAUGGUGGGCAGUGAAUUUUGAUGGCUCAGUGGAGAAGUUUUUCCUUUUUUUUUCCCCUCUCUCUUGGAACAUGGCUAUUAUAAAACUGUAGCCAAUUUCCAAAGAUUAUAAGUAUUGUUGAGCAAAUCGAAGUGCAAAGUUAUUCACCAAAGUCCCGCGAGACUUCGGUGAUGACAAAUUUUCCUUACCGGAGCCCAUACAUUUGAAUCCUGUAUGGAGAUGGAUCUCGAUCUUGGAUCUGAAGCUCGAUUCACUCAACACUAAUUAGAAGUAUAGCAUUCUUAACGCAACACUAAGUACUUUUCCAGCCUUAAUGUAAAUAGCUGAAUCGGUGUAAAACUUGCGAUGUACUGUACUAAGAUUACCAAACUGCUGUAAUAUUCCUUUCUGUAAUGACAUGCUCUGCACACAUGCUUUUUAUUUACCGCUCUUUGAACUUUUUCUCCUUUUUUAUUUUACAACUAGUGAUGCAUUAUUUGUCUGUACUCACGUGAAGGGUUAUCCCAGUUUAAGCACAUACAUGUUAUUCAUUGUUUAAUGAAGAGUUAUGAAGUUCUCCAUUAUUUCUGUAUCAGUUCCUCAUGGGUUUUAAGAUCUCUGCUUGUUGUCAUUCAGUAGUACCCAUUAAGUUGAGUUGAGAGGGUUUCUUCUGCUCUGAAAAAGAUGGACAUGGACUCUGCUUCAAAAUUCUGCUCAGUUUUUGAUCCUUUUUUAUUUUUAUUUUUUUGCACUGCAUUUUUUGAAAACAACAAAUGGGGGGUGGGGGGAAACAUUGUAAAUUACUGUGCAGCUUUCUCAUUGGCGGAUCGACGCAUUUAAAACACAGAUUUUAGGUGCAGAAUCCACAUCAAAAUCCAUGCCAAAAAACCCCCAAUAAACUUUACUGUUGAAUGACAACAAGCAGAGAUAUUGAAGACUAUAAAUAAGGAAGGGAUCAGCAACCUUUGGCACUCCAGCUGUAGUGAAACUACAACUCUGUGUGCACAUUUGCCUUGUUGUUUUCAGAACCCCCAUAGAAAUGAGUGCAGCAUGCUGGUGACUCCGCCAUAUAUCAUUACUACAGAAAA